GGAAACCUUAUUCGAGACGAUAGGGAUGGUAAACAAAGCGAUGGGGUAUACGUACGAAUUGGAAUACAAAUGAAAUCAUUGCCUAUAAAGAUGAACCCGUUAGCGUAUAGGAACAACAGCAUAUGAAAGUUGGGUGGAUACUCCUAUUUAAUUGGUUUAACCAGAAACAGAGGAUAGGAUUCGAAAAGUCAACCGGAAACCGAGCCCUAACCUUUAAUUGAUGAGAAUUUCCAUACCCCUACUACUCGUAUGUAUUGGCGUGGGUUCGUAUGUAAACAUUCGUAUUGGCUUAGCAGAGCACUUCGUAUCCCGCCACAACCGAUCCUUUGCUUCCUUCUCACUCAGCUUUUUGACUCAACAGUCGUUCCCCCUGUUACACAAAGCUACGUAUACAGGGGUAGUUGUUCAUCCCUUUUGCUCGUGACAUAUCCCCUCGCUCUGUCUUCUAUUCCUUCUGUGCGUUACGUUACUAAGGCCAUCGGUCUUAUGGAAAGAGAAGGCAUAUAAUCGAUUCUUUGACCGGCUUUGCUUCUUUCGUGAUUCACGUAGAUUGGAAUUCACUUUCUUUAGGGCAUGGCUAGUUUCGGGUUUUCUAAAACCAUCGCCCAACUCUUUCUUAUUCAGACACGCCAACUGAUAUGUUGGAUUAACAAGCUAGGGAAUAAUUGGGGCUUAUGUGGACCCCUUCCCUUUAAUUUAAGAAAGAGGUCUUCCUAGCUGACUUGAAACUAGAUCUUCUUCCGAGUUUCGUUCUCUAUGGCUUGUGAAUUGCUGUACUGCCUGUUUCACUCUCUUCUAAGGGAUCUCCUCCUAUGGAGGUAUGUAAAGUGGGUUCUAUCGCAUUUUCCAUCUUAGGGCGAGCAAUAUAAGCAAUUCUGGUAUCAACAGAUACAUUGUUUGGGAAAGAAAGUGAAAACAAUAGAUCCAAUUCUGGGUUUUGGGGAUGGAUUUCUCACAACCCUGAGGUGCUUGCUAAUCUCUCGGACGAGUCGAUGUCAAUAGCAAUUCUGAUGAAACAUCUUAAACAUCUUUAGUGCCUUUUGCCUUUGAGCUCAAUCGAUCAGAAGAAAGGGAAUAUAACCUGCCCCUCAUUGUCCUUCAAUCAUGGUGCAAUGAAUAUCGUAGAUAGAGUGAUUUCGAUCUCAUAUAGCUAGCUUUCCUUUCAAAGUGAAACGAUUUUCCUUUUACGUUGAGAUAUUUGAAUUGGAUUUUCUUUCACCACUACUAUCGUAACGCACAGAAAACACUGACGUUUCCGCUCGCUUUCAACCACUGCCACUUUACCUGAGCACUGUGACGCAGUCGGUCAAGUAUUGAGUUUCUGCUAGUAUAUCAAGGACUUAUGAGAACUGAAAAGAAAAAAACGAAAAAAGGAAUUCUCAUAGUUCAUUGAAUUAAGGGAGGGCCAUUCGUGGGGGGUUCGUGGAAGAGUUGGGUUCGAUUCCCUUUAUACGCGAUGUGGCGAAAAAGACUGAUUCAACGAAAUAUGCCAUGCCAGCAUUAAGAUUUAAAACGUGUCGUCUACUUCCAGGAAAUGUUCGGAACAGAGAACUUUCUCUAAUCCAACGCCGUAUUCUCCGAAGAUUGAGGAACAAGAGGAGAUCCAUUAAAAGAAAUCUUUCUCGGAGAGAAAAUCGAAACAGUAACAUCAAAUCACAAACUACACGAAAGUUGUCUCUUUAUUAUGGGGAUUUACCCAUAAGGGAGAUGCACAGAGGAAGAGAACUAACUUCAUAUAUCCCUUUUUUACUCAAUCAAGAAACAAGAUCGGACGUGAUUCCGGUUCGUCUCCAUUUUAGUGACACUCUUCCUCAAGCAAGGCAGCCGAUAAGUCAUCGAAGGGUUUGUUUGAAUAAUGGACUGGUAACCAUUACUCAUUUGAAAGUUUCCCACGGUGAUCUAAUAUCUUUUAAAGAAAAUGACGCGAGAACCCGCGGUUUUGAAAUAAGGAGAUCUUUCUAUAUCGACAUAUCAGUUGGAAAAAUCAUAGGCAAAUUCCUAUCGGCCAUAUCAGUUGGAAAAAGAAGAGGCAAAUUCCUACCGGCCAGAAUCUGGAGAAGAACAAAAAAAGAAUGGUUCCGCUUACUCACAACUCAGAGGGGAUGCCGCUUACUACUCAAAUCCAAGGAAUUGCAAAAGUUGCGUUCUUAUAUGCAAGAAGAAGACUUUGAAAGAACAAAGAAGUUUGGAUCCGCAAAAGUAUGCUUAGGCAGUUCCUUCGCUGAGCACAACAGAAUGAAGAGGAAUUUGUUUCAUUUCAAAUACUUCUUCUUAUUGAAAAGAGGGAAGGAGAAAAACCGAAAUCUUCCUACUCGAACAAUAAGUCCUUUUGUAGAAAAGUCUUCUUUAUAUAGUAAUUCGACCUAUUGCUCCGGAUCCCCGUUUACUAGGAAGAUAAGAAUCAAAAGGAUCGAACUACCUACUCAUUAUUCGGAGGUGAAUCAUAGAACACUAAAAGCUGUGGUAUCUUAUGGACCUAACAUAGGUCACAUCCCUCACGACAUAAGAUUGAAAGAUCCAAACCUUCCUCUUCGGAGCGGAAACGGACGUGGCCAAAACAUAUAAAAAAAGAUCGGCCUAGUCGCUCAUAGGGACAUAUCUAUCCGGAUAGAGGAUAGUCUAGAUCAAUUUUGAGAAAAAUCUCUCUCUAUAUAGAUAGGUAUCUCUGUGGAUAGAGAUAAAGAUAGGGAUCCCUAUAAAUCGAAAUAUAUGGAAAAAGUGCACUUUUUGACUACUACUACUAUUUCUUAGACUUUUUCAAGGAAACAUCGUUUUUUCGAUUUUGACUGAAUUGGUCGGAGCGUAGACGAGCAAGCAGAGCCCAGGAAAGAGGUCAGAUCGUCAUAGAGCAGUCGACUAUAAGUAUAAGACUGCUGGCCUGAGAGAAGGCAGUCUCUCUCGGGAAACAUGGCCCAAUUUCUCUUCUUUCUUUUCACA